AUGCCAUUAACUAUCAAAACACUAAGUCUGAAUGACUUGGGUGAACAACAAAAGCUACCACCAAAUUCGAAGAUACCGAACCAUCAAACCAUUUGUGAUCAUGUAGUUCGUCUCUGGAAAGAGGAACCAUCCAUGGAAUAUGAACCCUUAUCCAUCUUACAUACAAGAUUGAAACAAAGAAACCCUCAUUGGAUUCUAUCUCAAGACACAUUACAAGAAAUUCUAUUGAAACAUAAUCUAUACCAAUCUUCAUCCAUUUCAGAUCCAAACAUAUUACCCUUAUACGCUGAUCAGAUCCAAUACCAAUCAUCAUCAUCAGCGAACAUAAAUGAUAUAAUCACAUCGAUAAAGAAAUUUCCCUCUUGUCUAACCAUAGAGGAAAAGGAACCCAUGGGAAGAUGUCUCAUCGCCACAGAUCACAUCGAGGCAAACAAACUAAUAUUCCAAGAACCAACACCUUUGAUAACCAUCCCACCAAUGGAUAAAUUGGGACUAAUUGAAAGAGGUAAGAUUUGUUCUCAUUGUGGGAACACAUUACAUUCAUUAAGUACGCAUUUCAUUAUGAUGAAUGGAUUGGAUUGUGAUUCUUGUGGAACUAUUUGGUGUAGUAAGAAGUGUAAAUUAGCUAACUCACACAUUCAUUCCAUUUUGAAACAUCAAAAAUCUGGGAAGAAGAAGAUGAUGAAUAAUAAUAACGUAGCGGUGGACUCGAAAGCUUGGAAUGAAUUUGAGAAAUUAUGUAUCAAAUUCAAUCAAAGAGAUAUUUUCUCAGUGGGGUUCAUAUGGGCCACUAUUGUAUCAAUGGAGAAACCAGAUUUGAAAUCAGAAUUGGAAACAAAAUGGAAUAGUUUGUGCUCUUUGUCUCAAAGAAUUAGAUCUAAUGCUGCUGAUUCUACAAAUAUUGGUGGUACUUUUGAUAAAUCAAAUGGUGGAGGAGGUACAAGCGCUGGUACAGUCAUCGAUACGCGUGACACAAUAAAUGAAACAGAGAAAGUAAAAUCUCGAGAAGAAGAACACAAAAACGAAGAUAUGGAACAUAUAUGGAAAUCCGCUUUCAAAUUGUUCCAAUCAGCGCUACCAAAAGUUGGCGACACAAUAGAUUUUGAACAAUUCUUAUGUGAAAUUGGUAGAUUUAAUUUGAACCAAAUUGAAGGUCAAAUCUAUUAUUUGAAUUCCUUUUUAAAUCAUAAUUGUGAACCUAAUGUCCGUUUUGAAAUUGAUUCUAAAUUAUGUUUGAAAAUAUUCUCAAGGAAACCAAUCAAUAAAGGUGAACAAUUAUUCACGACCUACGUAAGUCCAUUACAUGGAGUCAAUCUAAGAAGAAGAGAAUUAAGAGUCAAUUAUGGUAUUUUUUGCAAAUGUAAUCGUUGUGAAAACGAAUUUCUAAAAUCAAAACAAUCAAGACAAGAUAACAAUAAUAUCGAUAACAGAAUACUUUCAGAUACACCUGCAAUAAUGAAAUCCCCAGAAAGACUUACUCUUAAGAUAAGAAGAGAAUCAAAUACAGCAGCAGCUGCCUCUACUACCGCAGGGGCAAGAAGGAAAUCAUCAUUGAGGAAUAAAAGACCUGAUUUAACAGAAUUGUUAAAGAAUGGUAAAGAAUUUGAUUUAGAAAUUCCAACAAAUUUUAAAAUUGGUUCAAGAAGGAGAACAUCCGUUAGGUUUGAUGAAAAUGUUUCAUUUGCAGUGGAAGAAGAAUAG